AUGCGGUGGGAUUCCAUUCGCCUGCCGGCGAACUUGCAGGCCCUGCUCGCGGCGAGCAAGGAACGCACACUCGCUGCGGACGUGUCCAUCUUCGAGGGGUUUGGCUCCUUUCACUCCGAAAAUGUUGAGGAUCUCAUGGCGACGGACGAGGCAACCUACAGGCCCCCUGCGUAUAUUCCGGCAUUUGCGAAGCGCAUUCUCUCGAAGUCGGAGAUUGCCCGUGCUCUGAUGGCGCCUCCGGACGACGCGGCAAACUCGACGUUGCUCGGUGGGAGUCCCGGCCGAAAGCGAAGCCGCUGCGAAGCGAUGCGUUGCGGCGGUGCAGUUUCCUCGCUCGAACUCCGCAAGAGCCGAGCGGAGACGCCGCCGGAAGCCAGCGCGCGCUCGGGGGCGGGCCACAGCAACACGGACGACGUGACCGAUGGCGAUAGCAAUCUGGGCAGUGAUGAAAGCCGCUUCUCCUCUUUUUCUGUCGUCGGUCCGUGGAGCGCCUCUGCUAAGUGCCAGAUACGCGAGAUGGCCAACCAAGCAGUGCGGCCGUGCGAGCUGGGCAACGCGUUCCGUUCUGAGCACUUCAACAUUACCCCUGCUAUGGUGUUUAUCAAUCACGGCGCGUUUGGUGGCACCUUGGUCGGUGCUAUGCUGAUCAAGUGGCUCUACGAGGAGCACAUGGAGGCGGAAGUGGUGCGGUUUGUGGAUCGGGAGCUGCUCCCACUGAUCGUGUACAGCAUCCGCGCUCUGAGCCGCUUCCUGCACGCCGAUCCACGCCAGGUGGUGCUGCUGCAAAACGCCACUUUCGGCCUCAACUGCGCCAUGCGCAUCAUCGUCAAGGAUGACGUGGUCGCUUUUUUUGACACGGAGUACUUGGCGGUGUACAAGAUGAUGCGGUUUCGCUGUGAGGAGGUCGGCGCCUCCCUGCAUGAGAUCUGCCUGAACAGGUUUUUGCAUGACCCGGAGGUUAUGGGCGACAACACCGCUCUAACGGCGGAGAUCUGCCGCCAGCUACCCGCCAACUGUACGACAGCUGUACUGGACUACGUGACGUCCACAAGUGCGCUCUGCUUCCCCGUUUUUACGCACAUCAUUCCCGCUCUGAGGCAACGUGGCGUGGGCAAGAUCAUUGUCGACGGCGCUCACGCGCCGUUGCAGAUCGAACUGGACUUCAAGGCACUGCCGCCCGAGUCGCAGCCCUCCGUCUUUGUAGGCAACUUGCACAAGUGGUUCUCCUCGCCCAAGUCAGCGGGCUUCUUCUGGGUACGGUCGGAUGACGUGGAAAAGAUGCACAGCGUUGUGCUCUCUCACGGCGCCGGAGAGGGCCUCCUCUCGGAGUUCAUCUGGGACGGCACACGUGACUACGGCACCUACCUAUCGAUUCCCGCGAUUGUGGACUUCUGGGAGAAGCAGGGGCACAACCGGGUGCGGGACUACUGCUCGCACCUCUUGUCAUCGGCAGCAGACAUGCUCACUAUCGCCUUUCACUCACGCAGUGUCGCUCGCCACGCUCCCUUCAUGUCGCUGGUGGAGCUACCUGAGAAGCUGCAGGACAGCGUCAUCACAGCAACCUACAUCCAAGACAGCCUCCAUGACAUCGCCCGAAUCGAGGUGCCCGUGAAACGGAUCGAGGGCCGCUACUACCUACGCAUCAGCGCCUUUGUUUACAACACCCCUGCUGAGUACAUCUACCUGCGCGAGGCGGUCUUGUCCGUCGCCGACAAGUGGGUGCAGUCUCCACAACGCAAGCUUCUGCAUGCGCGACGGCUCUCUUCUCAAGCAGCCGCCACCGCCGCGACUGACCAGCUCGCUGCUGUGCCGUGA